GCAGGUACUGCGGAGAGACAGAUGUCCCAGCUGGAGAGGAGGGCAGGAUCUCUGCAAAGUAAUCCCCAACAAGAUGGAGCUAAAGCCUAGGGAGGCUUAUUUCCCAUCUGGGGAGAGCAGAGUGCAUGGCAAUCGGGGUGAGAAGUUUCACCCACAAGGGACACUGUAGAAGAAACCAGGCCACUCCCUAGAGAUGAAGAUGGAGGGGCAGAAGACAAGGGGACAAUUCUUCUCAGCCUGGCUGCUGAUCGUGGGCAUGAUUGUUCUAAAGGAUACUAAGGCAGCUUACCACAGUCUCGAGAUGUGUUUCACAGCAGUAGGUACAACAAAGUCUCUCUUGGACUUCACCAUGGUUGGUUCUAUGAAUGGUGUACAGGGGAGCUUCUAUGGCAAAAAGAACCAGCAGCUUGUGAUCAAGGAAUCCUGGGUGUCCCAGGCCCUGGGGGCCCAAUACAUUGAAGAGAAGCGUCAGAAAUUGGUGUACAAUGAGAUUGACUUUCUUUGGGCCCUCCAGAAUUGGAUUCAGAAUGAUACCAAGGGUGAAAGUAACCACACAGUACAGUUCUGGCAUGACUGUCACUUGGAUGGAGACAUCCAUAUGAGCAGCCAUUUCUGGUAUGCUGUGGAUGGGGAGACUUUCUGUGGCAUAAAUGAGAAGCUCAAGCACUGGGUGGCAAUGAAGCCUGAGGCUGAGUGCUUCAGACCCUUCUGGGAAGUUAUUUUUCCCUAUAAAAAAAUAAAACGUUACAUGGAGGAAGAUUGUAUUGAGCCACUGAGAAAAGUAUUGAAAUACUCAAGCAAAAGGGAAAAUGUUCCCCCUGAGGUGACAGUAUCCCGAUAUGAUGCUCCUGAUGGCAGAAUCACCUUCUCCUGCAGAGCCACUGGCUUCUAUCCCCGCUCCAUUUUGCUUCACUGGGAAAAGGAUGGAGCACUGGGUGUGUGGGGACAGGAGAGCUCCAGUGGUACACUGCCCAAUGCUGAUGCCACCUUCUACCUCCAAGUAACACUGGAGCUUCCACCUGGUGACCCUGGGACAGGUUACACCUGUGUAGUAGAGCACAGUGAGCUAGAGACUCCAGCCAUGUUCCCAGUUCCUGGGAAGCCACCUAUGGUGAGACCUUGGGUCAUGGCCCUAAGCAUACUGGCAACUGUCAUCCUGCUGCUGAGCUGUACUGUGUCCUUCAAGACAUGGAAGAAAAAGAAGGCAGGAACAACUCCACAAGAACAGCUGGAAGGACCUUUACCUCUUUCUCCUCUUCUUCUGCAUUAGAAAAAUGAGUAUAUUGUUGGCUACAUCUUAGCCACUCACUCUUUGAGGGAGUUCCCCAUAUAAUGGAAGAUGAAGUUAUUCAUUGCACA